ACACGGUUCAGUUACGCUGCGGUCAAGAUAUCUAAACAUGGAACUACCAUCCUCCAUGUGCCUGGAAAAGAAGUCUAUUUCGACUUAACAAUUCAUAUGGAUGUUCAAGCCAAUCCAGGACCUGCUACAUUACCAAAUUCUGGCCGUCAGACAGCGAAUUUUAUUCACAUUCCCUCUACGGAUAACUGUCCAAAACUCUAUUAUUCUCGCGACCAACUCAUGAGUUUCAGACCAAGCUGUUUUUCUACCAAGCGCUUAAAUCCACAGCUCAUCCGCAAACUGAAAUAUUUAAACAUCUUAAAGUACAGGGGGAAGUCUGGUGGUACGAGAGUAAAUAAGGAAGCUACCAAAAUACCAAUUAUUAUAAGGAAAGAUUUAUCUUACAACAUAAUCUUAACCGAAGAGCGAAUUUGCAUAAUCUACGAUCACUGAACCGUUGCUCGAACGUCAACAUUUGUGACCACAACGAACGAUCCUUUAUUCCGGUCACAGAAAGGUCAGGAUCUGGUCUCAAAGUCCUUCACUUAAACAUCCGUUCACUUCGAAAUAUCUCCCAUCGAUCUCAGCUUAGAGAAUUAAAUAGUCGCGAACAGUCUGAUAUCAUAACAAUCUCUGAAUCUUGGCUGAACACCACCAUCACAUCCACUGAGAUCCAACUUGACGGCUACAAACUAUUUCGUUUGGAUCGCCUACAUAAAGGAGGAGGUGGAGUAUGUGCUUACGUACGCAGUGAGCUUAAACAGCUA